GGAACCAACCUUAAUAGCAUCCAAAAACAAUCCUCGAGGCUGACAAUUUGUUAACCAGAUGUCAUCUUUGAAAUGUUACAGCCUUCUCAAUUAUGGUGCCUCCACUGGCACCUCAAUCUGCUCCCCCCUUGAAUCGAAGUUCGACAGCACCCAACAUCACGUCUGCUCGAACUGUACCUUAUGAAAGGUCGCAUCUAGCACCAGAAGACGCUAUAUCCCAAGCCUCACCACCUCGGAGAUCGUCUGCCGCUGUCAACCAAUUGCGCAUGACAAAUGGAGAUGCUGGACGAUUAAGAAGUAGAGGAAGACAUGCUGAUAGAACGAAGAGUAGCACCAGAAGACGGAAAACUACUUGGAAAAAGCUGCUAUGGGUGAAGCAAUCAUAUCCAGACAAUUACACGGAUCAAGAUACAUUUCUCGAACAUCUGCAGCGAAAUCCACGUCUUCAGCCUUACGACUUUUGGCCAUUGGUAGCAGAUUCCACGGUUAUAGUACAACACGUUUGUUCGGUCAUUAUAUUCAUUGUUUCUUUCGUUGGGAUAUAUGAUAAACAUGUCUCGCCAGUUUCUGUGGUUGGCUGGGGCUCUAUUGCUACCUUUUUGGGGUGGGUGUUAUGGGAUUUAUGGGUGGGACAGGAAGAAAGUACUCGUCCAGCAUUUCCACCACCGCAGCCUUUCUCUCACAGUGUAUCUGCAACAAGUUCAACACCAAACCUAUUGGCAACAGCUGCAAGUGGGCCAAGGCAAUCCUACUCGAUGUCAACAACAUCUCUUCAAUCUACAGCCUCGAAUCUAACCCAACCACCUCCAAUACGACCGGUUUAUACACCACAUAAUUCGCACCUUUCUCAUCGCACAUCGCUCCGUCUUUCAACUGCUAAAUCAGCCCUUCUGAUAUAUUUUACCCUCCUCGGCCUUUCUCCCAUUCUCAAAUCUCUCACCAGGUCCACUUCUUCAGACUCGAUCUGGGCGAUGUCAUUCUUCCUUUUUACAAUCAACAUAUUCUUCUUCGACUAUGCUACCCCGUCCCCUUCAUCCUCAUCUGGCUAUCCACCAUCAAACACGAAGAACAAGAACAUUCCCGCAAGUUUGAGUACGAAUGCUGCUCUGAUGGCUUCCACAGUGCUAGCGUCACGUCUUCCUAGUACCGGACAAGUCUUUAGUCUUACUCUCUUCUCUAUCGAAGUUUUUGGUCUUUUUCCCGUAUUUCGUCGUUAUACUCGCUUGCAUUCUUUGCGUGGUCAUCUAAUACUGACUCUAUUACUCGUCUUUGGUGCCGGAGGGGGCGUAGGAUUGGUAUUGCCACAGUCGGGAAGAUCAGCUUGGGAUUGGAAAAGUGGAUUAAUUGGCGUGGUGUUGGGAACGCUAAUAACGGGAUUAGCUAUGGGUGGAUGCAGUUGGUGGUUAAUAGGGUUGCAGAAAUAUAAAAAUGAAAUCCACGGACCCUGGGACCCAGCGAGACCUGUUAUUAGAAGGGCUUGGGAUGAUUAUUAGACAAGAAGAUAAUAUAAUUCGUAGAGCUCACUUCAUUUGAAGCUUUCAUCAAGCUUGUGUAGUUUAGUCGAAGCGCUGGUGAUGUUCCUGAAAUUGGAUAAGUUGAACUGUUGCAUCCCGAAAGCCUCAAGCCGUCGCCUGCUUCACCCCCUUUCUUUCGAUGCUCCUCUAGCGAGAUUGAUUCAAGCGUAAGGCACGCCACAACAAAUUAAUCUGCUCGCCUAUUGAUGAACUCGACUGUCCAGCGCUACUACUCUUCUCAAACAUCAUUCAGAAUGUCGCUCUUGACUAGAUUAAAGUUUCGAAAUUUACCUUUAGCCAGUCGAAGUAGUUUUUUAUCAUCCUCGACAUAAUUCGAAUUAAAAGAAUUGCAUUUGGCGUUGUAUAACCAACGAUAUCAUAUCUGAAAUAAUCUUGCUAGCGAAUGUCCUUAGCUCUUCUGAGACUCUUGCAUUAGUAAAAUUAUAUGAGA